AACACAAUCAUGAUCUAUUUGGUCAAAACAAACUUAAAGGUAGAGUCAGCAAUAUGACGUAGAUGCACAAAGUAAACAGCAUAGUGGGUCAAUUUCUACAACAACUAAGAGCAUUGUAGCGCAAGGCUAAACUUCUCUGCUGUUUUGGUCCCGUGGCUAACACUCUGUUAGAGAGUGAAGAGAACCCUUCCACAUAGGCAGAUACUGUGUGUGACUGUGUGAGAGAGAAGUCAGGCAUCUUGCUCAUCACAAUAUCUGUGGUGCUGCUCGUACAAAAUCAUUUAGCUGACUCUACCUUUAAGCUCUCAUCCUAGGAUCUACCAGAAAUCAGGCCCCAACAUCUACAAAACAUGGACCAGAACGAUGUUGUUUCCUGCUUCCACAAACAUUAAUUAAUAUAACACUAAUGUCAGAUUAUGGGAUUCCUCAGAGCUGUAAGACUUGUGACCAUGUUGAGGACUCCACACACUGGCUUCAGAUUGAACCCUUGACUUCCACUGUCCAGGGAGUGACAAUGUUCAGACACAGGACACCCAAAGGGAGUUAUGAGUGCACAGUGUCUGGGCUCCGCUGGCUGUGUGAGAGAGAUGUCAUUCUGAAGUAUCACUUCAGGAACUGGGAACCCUACAGUCAACUUCUGAAAGACAUGCAGUACACACAAGGUGGUCCAUUGCUGGACAUCACUAUGGAGUUAGGUGAACUGGAGGAAGUUCAUCUGCCACACUGUGUCUGUUUAGGGACCAACCCUUCCCUGAGGAAUGAGAUGAAGAUUCUUCAUGUAGAGGAACAUGGAGUGUCUUUAGAGGAAGUGCAUGAGGUCACCAGAUUCCAUGCUAAGAUUCUCCAUCCCAAGUUCUCAGCUAUCUCUGUUAUACUGAGAUAUAUAUUUUCUUGGAACGUAGAUGUCCACUGUGAGCUGAUGCUCUAUCUGACAGUGAAAAAGGAAACACUAAUUCCACGCCUAUACCUGUUCCCCCAGUAA